CUCUAUAAUUUAUGCUCAAUCCUUCUUCAGCGUAUAUGUUUUGUGUUCUUCAGUGUCUAUGUUUUGUGGCUUAAUCGAUGAGGUUGAUGGCUGCAAGAUUUCUAAUUUUUCGUAUUACUAUUAUUUUGAAGUGUUUAAUCCGUGUGUAGUGUAACUAAUAAUAGCGAUUCGUGGAUUACAACUUUCAGAAUGGUUGAGGAAGAGCGAGAGGAAACAGCAAAAAGUCCAGUGCCGACUGGCCCGGAAAGGUUUCGAUGUUUCUUUGAUGUGUCCAUUGGAGGUCUGCCCUGUGGAAGAAUCGUAUUCGAACUUUUCCCAGACCUAGCCCCGAAAACCGCUGAAAAUUUUAGGGCAUUAUGUACUGGGGAAAAAGGACUGGGCGAGCAAACUAAAAAACUACUACAUUACAAGGAUUCCAUAUUUCAUCGGGUUGUUAAAGAUUUUAUGAUACAAGGUGGAGAUUUCUCAAAUGGAAAUGGAACAGGUGGUGAAAGUAUCUAUGGUGGAACAUUUGAAGAUGAGAGUUUUGAACUCAAACAUGACAAACCCUUUCUGCUGUCAAUGGCUAAUAGAGGUAAAAACACCAAUGGGUCUCAAUUCUUCAUCCAAGGUACCCUGAAAUUGUACAUCAGAUAUAGUGGCAGUGGCAAGUGUAAUGAAUGUGAUAAUCAACAAUUCACAUUUUUCCAAUAUCAAUUUGUCACACAAAUUAUUAUAGGAUACUCUCUUAAUAAAUUUAACUAUGGGUUGUACCUUAAACAAUAAAGAUGUUGCAGCACUCUGAUUAAUUUUCUGGACAUUCAGGUGAUCAAUCUUGUCAUAUUUUGUGUUAUAGUACCACACAACCGGCCCCUCAUCUCGACAAUGUACAUGUGGUGUUUGGAAGAGUUGUAAAUGGGAUAGAUGUCGUUCGGCAAGUAGAAAUGUUACCAGUUGAUGCAAAUAGUAGACCAUUGCAAGAUGUAAAAAUUGUCAAGUGUGGUGAACUUGUUAAGCAAGUCAAAGCCAAGAAAGAAAAGAAGAAAAAAGAGGAAAGUGGCAAAGAGAGUGAUGAAGAUAAAAAACAAAAGAAGAAGAAAAAAGAUAAAGAGGACAAGAAGAAAAGUAAGAAACAGAAAAACAAAGAAAAUGAGGAUGGCUUAGAAAAUGCAGAACAGGGGGAAAUACUUGAGCCUCAUCCUUUGGUUACUUUAACUAACAUCAAUCCAGAUGAAAUACCAGAAGUACCGUCAAAUAAAUUUUUGAUGAGAGGUAGACAAACUGAAAACGACUCUGAUAAAAAGAACAGAAAAGAUUCCAUUAAGAACAAAGAAAGAGACAGAAGCAGGGAUAGGGGCAGAGGUAAAGACAGGGAUAGAGAAAGAGAUAGAGGAUACCAAACCAGAGGCAACCGAGAAUGGGGCUCAGGAUUUAAUAGAAGAAAGCCUGUUACUACCAAAAGUGGUAGGCUUAUCAAAGGACGAGGAAAAUUUAGAUUUCGCACGCCAUCAAGGAGCAGAUCCCGCUCAAGAAGUAUCACGCCAAUUCAUUGGCGUAAAGAGGAAGCGAGGGUUAUAAAGUUGUCCGAGUUCGAAAAAUUAGAGUCUGAACGAAAGAAGCUUGAAGAGAAGAAAGCUCAGAAUGGUAAACUGAAAGGUGACAGGGAAAUAAGUAAAGCUGCUGAAAGGGAUGAAGCAUCGACUACUCCAAAAACAAAAUACAAGAGCAUUGAUUACAAUGCACUGGACUAUGAAGGCCAGAGUGAAGAAGAGGGUGAAUACAACAAGAAAGAGGUACCCAGUUUGGUGCAGUAUCCUUUACCUGGAGCAUACACAAAGUUUAAACCUGAGAAUCCAGAGGAACCCGAACUUGAAGAGGGAGAAAUACAAACAAUCAAUAAAAGAUCAGAUUUCCUUGCUAUGGCUUUAGGUGUCCAAAUAAAGACAGGUGAAGAUCCACCUACCGGAGAAAUAGCAGGUUACAAUAAGAACAAGCACAAGAAUCAAAUGCAACCACAAAUGCAUAAAGGUAACAUGGAUUGGGGGAUGCAAAGACAUUUCAGGCCGAACGCAGAACCCGACUUACCGCAAAUUGCUAGCAGAGUGGAAGAAAGAAGGGGUAGAGAUAAGUUUGAAAUUGAAAAAUCAAAGCAGCUGGUCAUGGACUCGAAAAUGUUCAAAAAUAACGAUGGAAUGAUCAGAUUCGGUGAUGGUAGAUAUGUUGACAGAAGGAACUUUGACAGAAGAAACAGAGACUGGCAAAAUAACAGGAACAGAAUGAGAGAGAAUGAUAGAGGUAGACCAAAUGAAAAAGAACGCGAAAGAGGAAGGGAAAGAGAGAAGGAAGUAGAUAGAAGAGGAGAAAGGGAAGUGAUCAAGGGUAGAACUCCACCUAGAAGGCCCAGGUCAAAAUCACCAGAUCGAAACAGGCGUUCAACAUCGAGAUCCAGGAGGUCGCGAAGCGCGGAUAAAUACAGAAAGAGGCCAAAGUCCAAGACACCCGAGAAAAGGUUAAAAAAAGAGUCUGAAAAGGAUUUAUAUGAUUUUAUAAAGUUUGAUAAAGAUGCAGAGGAGAAGUAUAAGAAACUGUUGUUGCUGAGAAAAAAGAUGGAACUUUUGGAACUGAAGAAAAAGAAAGAGGAGGAACAGAAGCUACUAGAAGAGAAGCAGCGGAAAGCUCUGGAAGAAAGUGAAAUGUUGGAGAAAGCAAAGAAGGCCAAAAGAGAUGCAUUGGAGAAAGAAAAACUUCUGAAAACCUACAAGGUACUGAAGGAGAUCGAUGGAAAGAAGCGUACCAGGCAGCGUUCUAGUAGCUCAAGUAGCAGUUCUGACAGUAGCUCUAACUCUGGCGUUGACAGGCGCAGAAAGAAAAUGGAUUCCAGAGACCAGUCGAAAAAAAUGAGAAGACGGAACUCCUCACAAUCUUCUAGGAGCAGCUCUAGAAAUAGAAGCAGAUCGAGGGGCAAAAAAAGAAGCCAUCACACCCCUAAGAAACAUCGCAGAUUGUAGGUGUAAGAUGCAUACAUUAUUAUUGAUUGUUUUCAUUGCGUUAAUUUUUGUGUUGAGUUAAUUUUCUUUAUUCUCUGUAUAACCAAUAAAGAAUGGCU